UGUCCAACGAAGCGAGCGAACUGGAGAAAGGAAUAGGGAAAAGGCUAAACAAAGCGAAAAAUAAUCUUCACCUUCGCCUUACACCUUGCUGAUUCGGACUCCUCUCUAUCGGCGGCUGCAUUAACACAGGGAGGUAAAUAAGAAGACUGAAAAAAGACUGAAGGUUUGCCUUGCACAUACACCGCUUUAUAGAGAGGCAUUGGCAGGCUGAGCCCCGGGGACCAGACAUGGUGAAAGCCAAAAAAUCAGCUGUGAAAGCGGGCUCCCCCCCGGACAGGAGCAGGAGGUCGGCUGGGGCUCCGGGGGAGAUGUCCAAGGCUGCGGUGCUGGCUGUGAGCGGCCAGAAGGGACCCAGCAAGAGGGCAGCUGGCAGGAGGCAGGUGGAGGAGGACUCCAAGGGGCAGCAGGAUUCACUACUGGAGCUCGGGGGGCAAACGGAGCGCUGGAUCAGCUUCGUCAAACAGCAGAAACUGAGCUCCGAGGAAGCAGCCAAACUUCUGCUGGACUCCUUUGAACACAAGGGGCUUGUGAUGCACAGUGGAGGCUGUCACUGUGGGGCAGUGCGAUUCGAAGUCUGGGCAUCCGCUGAUAUCCAUGUCUUUGACUGCAAUUGCAGUAUUUGUGUAAAGAAACAAAACCGCCAUUUCAUUGUACCUGCAUCACGCUUCAAGUUACUAAAGGGGGAAGAAAAUCUUACCACUUACAGAUUCAACACUAAAAAAGCACAACAUACAUUCUGCAAGAUCUGCGGUGUUCAGAGUUUCUACACACCACGCUCAAACCAAGAUGGCUACGGAAUUGCCCCACACUGUUUGGAUGAAGGGACUGUGCGCAGUGUCCAUGUGGAGCAGAUCAACGGAAAAGAGUGGGAGAAGGCAAUUAAAGAACACAAGACCAUCAGCAGUAUGUCGAAGUCCUGAGAUCCAGUGGUUCUGCUAUAAUUUUGUUAGUCCCCAUCAACUACUCAUUUUAUACAUCUAUGACACUGUGGCCUAUCUUCUUAACAUUUAUGGAAAUAAAUCUUUUUUCUAUACAUUUAUUAGCAUUAUACUGUGCUGUGU